AUAGUUUUCUCCGAUCUGGUCAAGCAAUAACGGCAGAUGUCUAUUGUGCCGAACUCCGAACCAUGUUGACAAAACUAGCAGUUAAACAGCCCCGACUCAUGAAUCGAUCUUCACCAUUAUUGCUCCACGACAACGCGAGACCUCACACAGCACGAGAAAAAAUCAUUUUAACCCUUCAGGAACUGCAGUUAGAAAAUAUUCGUCAUCCUCCGUAUUCACCAUACCUUGCUCCAACGGACUACCAUUUUUUUUCGUGAUUUGGACAAUUAUCUACGUGACAAGAAGUUUUCUUCCCAGGAGGCAGUACAAAAUGCUUUCACACAGUUUGUGCAGUCUAGAUCGUCGGAGUUCUAUCGCAAAGGCAUUAAUGACCUUCCCAUUAGAUGGCAGCAAUGUAUAGAUAAUAAUGGCAACUAUUUUGAUUAAAUAAAUUUGUUAAAAAUUAAAAAAUAAACAAUUUUGAUUUUCAGUACAAAUCGGCAAUUUCAUACUUGAACCCCGAAUAUAUGGUAUCGCGGACUUUUUUGUAGAACUUUUAAAGGUACAUAAAGCCUUCAUACAUUGAUUUCAAUUUUACACAAUGGUUAAGGCAGCGCAUGCGAUUAAGUCUGUUUAAGAGGAGUUUCGUCCGACCUGUAUGACAAAACCUGUGAUAACUCUACUAAUAUAUGUGAUACCAAUAUAAAAUAUCAGUCAGUCAGGAUCAGUAGUUCCGAAGAUUACCCCGUUUAAAGAAUGUUGCAAACUUACAAACUUUACCUCUUUAUAUUGUUAGUAUAAAUGUAUUUUUUAUAGCUGUGCCCUUUAACUUGACUAAUUAAGCAAAAUGCAUUGUGUCUACUGCUAAUAUGAGGUUAGAUGAUAAAAUAUGUCCUAAAUAUUAUAGCCUUAGAACCAAAAAAAACUUCCAGGAGUUCGAGCCUUUCUAUUUAUGCUGUCUUGGCGAGUGUAUACUCAGAGACACAAUUAUCCGCCCACUUUAAUAUACUCGCGUCAUAUUAAAAAGGGCGGAUAAUUGUGCCUCUGAGUAUAUUUAUGUUACAUGUGGACACUCCUUGAGACAAUAUACUCGUCCAUUAAAUUAAAUAGCAGAAGCUACUAUGUUCAGAUAUUUAAUUAUUUUUUAUUUUCGAAAUCACUAUUUAUAAGAUAAUGUUACAACCCUAUACUUAUAUUAUUAGGAAUCUCGUAAGCGAUAUAUUAUUACCUUUAAUUAAGUAUUUAAAUGUAACAAUAAGUCUUACAGUAUACUAUUUACACUUAUACUAUUAAUAUGAUUAUUUUUAUAUGCAAAGUUUUUCAAAUAUUUAACUUGUAUACGCUUUAAAUUUUACAAGUCCCAAGCCCGGAUGCAAAAGGAGGAGGGUUAGUAGGAGGGACCAUACCUACUGUAAAAGGUCAACGCCGAACCUCAGGCGGCGGCAAAUAACCUGACAAAGCCAUGGUCAUUUCGUAACCAUGAAGCGGACUGAAAGACUCAUCCAGAAUGGUCGGGCCAGAGACACUCCAAACUCUGGCAAGGUUCCUAUAACCCUUUCCAUGAUCCUGUAACGUCAAACCCGAACCUAAAAAACCCCAGCCUUCCCACCUUUUUUACGCCCCCAUCAUAACACUCACCACACUACAGACAAAUACUAUACAAAACUACUCACCUUAGCAAACCAAAAUGGAGACGGCACCAAAAGUAAGUUCACCUACCCAGGAGGGUCCCGGAAACGGGGAAUCCCUCACCGCGCCACGGCCGAAAGUGUGGCUGUGGUCUGCCCCACGUACUCUGGGGGGGGAGGGGCAAGGUACCGGUACCUCGGGCUCAGCACGCCCAACGACCCAUUUGCUACUCCCAACGGACCGACGGACUCGCUUUAAACGAACACCAAGUGGGACUGGGCUGCAGUCGACAUGCGGCGGCAGCUCACCCGCGGUGAAUGUCGCUUCACGUCCGGGGACCAACCAUACCACGGGUGUGUUCGCACACGCACAAAGACUAAACAUCCCCGCCCAACGUCGGACACACCCCGCCGCCUGCAAUUUUAGUGGGCGGAGUGGCGGUGAGGGCGGGAACCCUGCGGCGUCGUCGUCGACGAGCCAGUCCGGCAAAAAGCGGGAUAGGCUUGACGACACGAUCUCGCCGCGAGGACUUCAUAAACGGCAAAAGACGGAAAGACGCACAUGGACUGGGGAGACGUACUCGAGUGUGGCGCAACCACAUCUUAGCGUAGCGAUCGCCCUAGAACCAAAGACCGAUCUUACAAACCAGGAGGCGGCGGGCAUCCAAAGCCAGAUCUCGAGAGAGAUAUUUGGAACCUGCCUACAAGACCCUAUACCGGGUCUGCCUCUUACCCAUGCCCCAGUUUUCACAGGAAAGGCCAUCUUGAGUGAGGGCGUCCUAAAACUGUGGUGCAAGGAUGAACCUUCACUCCAGUGGCUACACGCACGUCCCACGGCUGAAGUCACCACGGGAGAAUCACACUGUAGUCGUACAAAGACAAUGCGACAUCCCAAGCCGGAUCAAGACGGCACUAUAUGUGCCAGAUUACGACGGGGACAUUGGUACUCUGCACCGGGUCCUCAGCUGUCAAAACCCAGCCUACGAUGUAAAAUCAUGGUCUUUGUACAACUACAAGAGGACAAACUCGGCCGGUUAUGGGAAUACCCCAGGAACAAAUCGAGACAAUCCUCUCACAUGAGAGAAGGAUGGCCUACAUGACCGGCUCCAUCUAUCUCAGGUUCUUCAGGAACUUUCUUCCAGCACAAAAUACUGGCUGUAGCGGCUCUACGGCGACAGCUGGAGGUCCACGCUGACACCCUGACCAAGAGCCGUGGGUCAGGAAUAACACCGUAAGCAACUGCAGCGGUAAGUUACUUUGUAAUAGCCUUAACGAACCGCCUAGAACAUGUAUUUAUAUGCCACGCUGCAUCGCAGCGACACUAUUAACCCAAUACUGUUACAGAGACCUAACUACAGUAAGAAUACAAAAUGGAACGCCUCAUUCAUCGCAGGCGCCAGCCAGGCCGCUAAUCCUGGCAUCGCUAUACUUACCAAUUGAAGAACAAAUACCACCGUAACAGGUAGUGAACCUUAUCAAAUAUUGUGAAGAGGGCAACAACACUUCCUUUUUUUAGUACCAAUACCCUUCAGUGAGUACAAAACAUGGCUCCGCAAGGACACACUGAUGUCACAUGCAGAGUCUUGGGCCAAAACAAAUGAGUGCAAACAUACUAGGGAGGCCUUUCCAAACCUCAACCCACGACUAACAACAAAACUACUUAAUCUUAAACGUAGCAAACUCAAAACGGUAACAGAACUAAUGACAGGGCACUGUUCACUAAAUAAACACCUUUCGGUUCUGGGUUAGAGAAAACCCAUAUACAUAUUAUAUAUACAUGUUAUGCUUAGAUGCAGAGGUGUAUCUGAACAACGCGCAGCACACAUUGGAUCCCCAGCAACACUCCAUGAGGCGUACGGCGACCUGGGCGGCCUGCUAAGCUUCUGGAGCGAGCUCGGCUGGCUGGAGUAACUCCGGCGGGGACCAGCACCAAAGGGACCUACGUACAACGGUCAACCACAAAUGGAAAAGCGGAAAAGAAAAAAAAAGGAAUCAAUGGACAUGUCAACAGUAUUAAAACUCAAAAAACUCCCACAUCUAUUAGAAAAAAACAAGCUCUUUCAGUUAGACCACCAUUAAGUAAGAAUUUGUACCAACAUGUAUCCAGCCUUGUUGCAGAAUACAUCACAAACCCUUCAGUGGUGAAACAACGUCAUGGAAAGCUGAUAUUUGUUUCACGUAUACCUAUAAGAAAAAAUCCACUUAAUAAAAUGAGCAACAUGUGAGUAAAGCUAAAGUACUUGGCUAGUACUCGUAACAGACAAGAAUUAAAAAAACAAAAUUACUUUAGCCCCUAGAGGCUAAAAUGCUUGUUUAGCCCCGCUGUGGAGUGGUAAUAUGACAGUGUUUUUGAGCAAGAGUAGUGAAAUAAUUAUUAUUCUUGCCUCUGUGUUAUUGUCAUGUAAUUUUCAUGUUAAAUCUUUCUUGACAUUGUUUUUUUAUGAAGAUAUUUUAUUACAAUAAACUUUUAUAAGUAUGAAUAAUAAGUUUUAUUUCUAACUGAUUUAAUUGUUCUGUCUCCUUUAUGAAAGUAGUAAGCAAGAAAAUAUAUCAACUCAAAUAUUAUCUAUCAACUUUUUAGAGUUGCAUAAUAUUAUGUUUUACUAUUUCAACCAAAUAUUCAAGCAGGAUUUAGGCUUAAAUAAAAGAUUUUCUCUUAUAUAUGUUGCCAACUUUUUAUCUCAGAAAAAUCCAAAGUAUGGAAACUUUGGAUUUUUCUGAGAUAAAAAGUUUGUAAAAAAUUGAAUUUCACACAAACAAAGUUGCAGUGUACUAGUGAGUAGUGAGUACUAAAACUAUAAACUAUAUAUAUAAAAAUGAAUUGCUGUUUGUUAGUGUCGCUAAAACUCAAGAACAUCUGAACAGAUUUAUCUUAUCAUGGUCUUGAAAUGUUCGUGGAGAUAUAAGGAAAGGUUUAAUAGGUGAGAAUGCUUGGUAGGAAACCAUAAAAUCAACCCUUCUUUAUUUCCCAUACAAACAUUUUAAGAGUCAAGGGGUAGGGUAGUGGUAGGGUAGGAGUAGAGUAGGGUAGUGUAGGAAUAGGGAAGAAGUAGAGCAAAGCUUGACUGAGUCCACUAGUGAGUAAUA